GCCAGGUCUGCCUCCCAGGACUGCCUUUCUUUGGCCGCUGGCCCAAUCUCGCUUCUGCUGCUAGACUUCUUCAGCCUCCGAUCCGAUACCUUCUUCAACCUCCAGAGCUCCUUUCCCCAUCCACUGCCUGCGUACCUCAAAGCCCAGAAUCCCUUCUGGCUGACGGGCGAACGCGGCUUGCAACUGUCCAGCGCUGGCUUCCCUCCUGUGCCCUCCUCUCGUGCUCGCAUGCAACUGAAAGUUGGGGUUGCCUUCGGUCCGCUCUACCUGCCCACCCCAGCCCGGGCGACCAGAGAGCAUCAUCAGCCCCCCCGUUCGACCUCCUUUUGGCGCGAGAGCGGCACCCUCAUCUCCCGACCGAGAUCAGCCCCUUGUCGAAUCUGCGAGCUCGAAAUUACCCAACUUGCUUACUCGAGAAAACACCUCCGACAUACUUGACCACAACCCAAACCAUUCACUCUCGUCAACCUCGUUGCCGACAAGCUGAAUUGGCGCCAACCCCCCAACCCCCAAGCCCCAAGCCCCAAGCCACCGCCCUCAACGACAGCUUUGGGACCUUGAACGCGGUUGGGAGCCCCGAGUUGACUGCGACUACAGAGGUUCGUGAGCAUCUCCUACACGCUUUUCUGCCUCCCAGAUCCCCGGCCACGGGCACUCGCUCUGUCACCAGCUCAUCUCCCCCCGGGCGGGAAUCAACGCAUUGCGCUGUCUGGCACCAACCCCAAGUUAGCUCUGGGCCAUGGCCUUGGCUUUCGCAAAGACAACAUCAGCGGGCAUGUCGCCACUUGGGCGUGACCUCGCCAACCGUCUCGCGCGCUCCAGUUCCGGCUUGACCCCAGCUGCCAGCGUAGAUCCAUCCCAUCAUCGACCUCAAACGGCGAAAUGUCCCGAGACCUAAUCGAAAAACCCCAAGACGUCCACGACAGCUCAAGAGAAAAAGAAACCGCAUCUACAGGGGACGGGUCAUCCUCGAAAAAGGGUCGCCUGUUGAAGGUUCCCUCAAGAUCAUCGUCCAAGAAACGCCAAUCCUCACCUACUUCAACGGGGCUGAGCGGAGCGACCGCGAGCGAAUCCAGAGAUAGCAUCGGUGGGCGCUCGAAAGAGUCAAAGGCAAGCAUUAUGGGUCGCCACAGGAAUGGGAGUGUGUCCAGCAACCGAUCGGCCGUCGAUGCUAGUCAGUCGGCAAACCCUGGCAACUCGGUCCAAAACUCCUCCAACGCGCCAGUCCAGCGGAAAAAGAAGGGCGGCCUGCUGUCCUUGUUUUGCUGCGGAGUCCCCGACGAUGCUCAUCCGCUGGACAACGAGCCUGGAGAUGCCCCGACUCACAAGGUCGAGAAGCUGCCCCCGCGGCCAACAACAGCCAGUCGGAGGGCGCAGACGCCUUCGGAGCAUACCGCCGCCAGCAAGUCCCAAGCGCAGGAAAAGGACGUGGCGCAAACGCAAAAUCCCCCUUCUGAGCCCUCCAGGGCGCAGAGAGUAUCCGGGACCACCACCCAGGACCAGUCGACUCUCGCAGAGGAAUCGAAGCAAUCGACACUAAUAGGCACAGCGCCGACGGUGACGGUCGACCCACCUCGGGCACAAGAGCCCGAGGCUGGGGGCUCAGCUUCGGAAGCCCCUGCUCCCAAGGACGGGGACGGUGAUACUGAGAUGGUGGAUGCUGCCGCGCUUCAGGCGCCUGAACCACCGCAGCCUGUUGACACCGAAGACUUGCCGCCUCCACCUGCUCCCGUGCCAGAUGCACCCACCGCGCAGACUGAGAGCGGCUUGGUUGUUGCGACAGAGCAACCUGCCCCAGACGCCCUGCUGCCACCAAUACAACCACACUUCAAGGGCAGGAAGUGUCUGGUCCUCGAUCUGGAUGAGACCUUGGUCCACAGCUCUUUCAAGAUCCUCCACCAAGCCGACUUCACGAUUCCCGUAGAAAUCGAGGGUAAUUAUCACAAUGUCUACGUGAUCAAGCGGCCAGGCGUAGACCAAUUUAUGAAAAGAGUGGGCGAACUGUAUGAGGUUGUCGUGUUCACAGCGUCGGUGUCCAAGUACGGCGACCCUCUGCUGGAUCAGCUGGACAUCCACGGUGUCGUCCACCACAGAUUAUUCCGGGAGAGCUGCCACAACCACGGCGGCAACUACGUCAAGGACCUCGCCAAGAUUGGCCGAGACCUUAAAGACACCAUCAUCAUCGACAACUCCCCGACAUCCUACAUAUUCCACCCACAACAUGCCGUCCCCAUAAGCAGCUGGUUUUCAGAUGCGCACGAUAACGAGCUCCUAGACUUGAUACCCGUCCUUGAAGACCUGGCCGGCUCGAACGUGCAAGACGUCAGCCUCGUCCUCGACGUGACUCUUUGAGAGAGUUGAUAGUUUUCUAUGUCCUUCUAUUUUCCAACCACACCUGCGCCUGCCACCUGCGACAAUCCGAUGCCCCAACUUCAAACGAGGUACAUCGUCGUCACGCAGGGGACAACGCAUCAUGUUGCGUCAGUGUUUUCGAGUUUGCUCAUAGCGGAGGCGUUGGGAAGUGCAUCGCCAGUCGCGACUGGUAUAGACCUCUACUGUUUAAUGCAUAUAAAUAGUAAGGCUCUCGCAGCGAUGUCCUGCCAGCCUGGAGCAAGAAUUUGGGGAAGAGAUCAAGGGCCCGGGUCAGGACAACAAGUCCAGGUGAACCACACUUCCCACGCACGCCCUUGGUGGGGAUGAUGCUCGGAGCAGGGCCAGUGAGGAGGCGGUGGUAGGCGGUGGUUGACCCAAUACCAAAAUCAAAGGCGAGCAGUUUCUGUUCGAUGGGGAGAUCCCCAAGCUUCAGGAGGGAAGUGAAGAGGGGCUAAAGAGAGAGAGGAGAGAGAGAGAGAGAGAGGAAGGAAGGAUACCGACCUUUACUAUUACCUUUGCCACGGCGCCAAGAAGGGGAGCAAGGGACCUAAUGACUUGCGUGUAAAGGAACCAGGCUGGCAGGCAUUUGGCAUUUUCUGAGGCUUCUAUUACCCACAUGUUUUUUCCGACAGCAGGAAAACUCACCUUUUUAUUUCAUUUGUCUAUUCACCAUUCCCCAAGCAUCACGCUGUUUGCUUACUUUACAUUAUACAAGAGAAGACACAGGUGUCCGCAAGCAGACAGACGGGGAAUCUCAUAGUGCUGUGAACCUUGCUUUUGUCGUACUUUUGCUCGAUGGGUUGUAUGUAUGUAUGACUUCGAGCCUCUCACAUUCAAUAUUACCGUAACACUGCCACACCGUCAAGAAGUCACAUACUAUUACACAAACGAACCACUACACCUUGUCCACCUCUAUUCAUCUAUUCUAUAGACCUUUUCUUCCCUCAGACAUUACCCUCUAUAAAAUUAGGAGUUGACCUCAUGGGAGUUCGUCCAGGGGAGGUUGUGCCAGAGGAGGUUGUAGCUUGGGAGCUUGUUCUACAGGGGGUUUUCCGGCUGGAGCUGUCUGAUAGGAAGUUGGAAAAUACACAUAGAUAUCCUAG